AUGCUGCAAAGUACUACUGCAGGCCUUUUGAAUCUUUUUACUGAAAAGCUUUAUGUUACCGAUGUGGAGUAUUUGAGUGCACCGUUGAACAGUUUUUUCCGCCAUCCUCAAAGUUCGGUGCAUUUUCAAAUAAGUGAAAGUAAUUCUUCGGUGAAUGAUAAAACGCUGUUGCACACCGUCGGUGAGAUUCUGCGCUCGAAUAACGAAUGGCUGGUUUCGACCUCAGGUGAACGGGAUGGCAACUCCGUUUCGUACUACAACGUUCUGCUUGCCGAUAACUAUGACUUGCUGGAGGCCCUUCUCCGAAGCUUAACUCACGAGCAUUACGACUCGUCGGGGCGAAGCUUGCUUGUAGUUACGCGCGGUAGUCACUUGAAGUCGAUUCAAACGAUUAUGGUUACUCUCUGGGAACUGCGGAUGGUUAACGCAGUGUUAAUUGUGCAAAGUUCCGGAGAAGCAUACACCUACGAUCCGUACUCGAUUGGAGCGUGUGAGAUGAAUGAACCGAUCCUGCUGGAUCACUUCCAAGACGGUCGCUGGUCGAACCUGUCCGUGUGGUAUCCGGAACGGUUGAGAAACUUUAACGGUUGCCCGGUGAAGACAGGCACGUUCACGGCGAAACCGUUUUCCAUGGUACGCAAAACGGCAUCCGACGAUCUCGAGCGCUUUGGGCUGGAAGUUACGGUUGUGGAAAACGUUGCUAGACACUUCAAUUUCUCGAUCGAGUACCGUACACCGAGUGGAAGCGUCAAAUGGGGCCUGGCUCGGGCGUCCAACAGCACCGGCAUGAUGGGUAUGAUCCAGCGCGGCGAGGUCGAGUUCGGGUUCGGCUGUCUUGGGAUGAAUGUGUUUCGAAAUCGGUACCUAAAGAUGGGUACACCCAGCUUUCUUACACAGCUCACCAUGGCCGUACCGCCGGACAAGCCGUACACAUCGCUGGAAAAACUUUUCCAACCGUUCUCGCUGCCGGCAUGGCUGUGCAUCGUGCUGUGCUAUGCAAUCUUCGCCCUGCUGACGAUGCUGAUCUUCGACUCGAAGCUGGUGAAACCACCGGAGCGCUUCCCCAAUGCGGGUUAUAACGUAUGGGUGCAGCUAAUGGGAGGUCCCACCACGUGCAUGUUACGCCAGAACACCAGCAGGAUGAUCAUCAUAGGCUUCGUCCUGAAUGCGCUUGUGGUACGCACAAUGUAUCAGGCGGCCAUGUUCGAGCGUCUUCAGGCCCCGACGAAGUUGGGCACGCGGUUGAACACCUUUCAGGACAUCAACGAUGCAAAGCUGUCCUACUACAUGUACAUCACCACCUCGUUUUACUAUCUGGACAAUGCCCUGCUAAAAGACAGAAUCCGUAUUCUGAAGGACGAGAACAAGGACUGGGAUGAAAUCAUGCUCGACAUAUCGCAACACAAACUACCCGGCGUGUUCGUCAUUCCGCUCGAUUGCAUCGAGUACUACGUGAAAAACUUUGGCCACCGGGGUUUGGUGUUCGUCGGCAAGCACACCGGCAUCAACUAUAACAUGGGCCUGUACUACACGAAGCGGUCGCCCUUUGCCGUGCCGUUCAACGAGAUAAUCGGCCGGUUUCAGGCGGCGGGACUGAUGCACUCGUGGAAGGAACAGUUUCGCGAUAACCGUUACUGGACAAGUGUAAAGAGUCAACCGGAACCGGAGAGUCUCCAGUGGCGGCAAGUUUGCGGUUGCUUCUACCUGUGGGGCCUGCUGCUCGUCUUCUCACUGGCGGCGUUGUUUGGCGAGAUAACGAUGAGACAAUGA